CAUGUGAGCAGAAGGAGAAGCCUGGAGUGGGAUCCCUGCCUGGACUCGAUGCUGCUGGGGCCACAUCUUGCAGUUAAGAGGAAGAGGAAGAAACAUUUCCUUCAGCAGUGUUAAAAAUGGGAGACAGCAUCUGCCCAGCAGCCCAGGAAGGGAAGCUCCAGACCUUGCCCAGGGAGCAUCCCUGGGAGCGUCCCAGGCGGAGUGACACAGCCCUCUGUCACUAAGGGGUGCCAGGGCAGCAUGGCUCAGAGGGCCUGGGGCAGGAUGCUCUUCCACAACAGAAAGACCCAGCUCCUGCUGGUCAACUCCCUGACGUUUGGCCUGGAGGUCUGCCUGGCUGCAGGCAUAACCUACGUGCCGCCACUGCUGCUGGAAGUGGGCGUGGAGGAGAAGUUCAUGACCAUGGUUCUGGGGAUAGGCCCCGUCCUUGGCUUGGUUUUCGUCCCGCUGAUCGGCUCUGCCAGCGACCACUGGCACAGCAGCUACGGCCGCAGGAGACCUUUCAUCUGGAUGCUUUGCCUGGGAGUCCUGCUGAGCCUCUUUGUCAUCCCCCAUGCCAGCAGCCUUGCCAGCCUCUUUGCCACCAACCCUCGGCCCCUGGAGAUCGCCUUCCUCAUCCUGGGCAUCGGCCUGCUGGAUUUCUGCGGCCAGGUCUGCUUCACGCCGCUGGAGGCUCUGCUCUCCGACCUCUUCCAGGAGCCGGACAACUGCCGCCAGGCCUUCUCCAUGUACGCCUUCAUGAUCAGCCUGGGGGGCUGCAUCGGCUACCUGCUUCCAGCCAUCGACUGGGGGGGCAGCUUCCUGGCCCCGUACCUGGGCGGGCAGCAGACCUGCCUCUUCAGCCUCCUCGCCGUCAUCUUCCUCGCCUGUGUGCUGGCCACGCUCUUCGUGACGGAGGAGGCGGCUCCCCAGGCGGACGCUCUGGAGGGCCCGGCGUCGAAGGAUGCUGCCCCGAAGCCCUCCCCUCCUGCCUGCUGCUCUUGCCAGCCCCCCAGCAGCUCCUGCCUCCUGCAGGCCAGGCGCUGGGGGCAGGCUCUGCGGAACCUCUGCGCGCUGCUGCCGCGGCUGCACAGCCUCUACUGCCGCAUCCCCAAGGUCAUCCGGCGCCUCUUCGUGGCCGAGCUCUGCAGCUGGAUGGCCCUCAUGACCUUCAUGCUGUUCUACACAGACUUUGUUGGGGAAGGGCUGUACCACGGCGUGCCCAGGGCCAAGCCGGGCACGGAUGCCAGACGCCACUACGACGAAGGCGUCCGGAUGGGCAGCUUGGGCCUCUUCCUGCAGUGCAUCACAUCCAUCUUCUUCUCGACAAUCAUGGACAGGAUGGUGAAGCAGUUUGGGACACGGGCAGUGUACCUGGCCAGUGUGGUGUUCUUCCCCCUGGCUGCCUUCGUCAUGUGCCUGUCCCACAGCGUCACCAUCGUCACCAUCUCGGCUGCUCUGACAGGCUUCACCUUCUCCGCGCUCCAGAUCCUGCCCUACACGCUGGCCUCGCUCUACCAUCACGAGAAACAGGUAUUCCUGCACAAGUAUAAGAGCAAGGAGGAGGGAGACACAGCUCGACUGGACAAGAAAUCAGCCUUCUCUAAAGGCCACCUCCCCAGCCAGAAGCUGCCUUACCAGAAUGGCCAUGCUGGGAGCCUCUUCUCUUCCUCCUCCUCCUCCUCUCCCGCAGCCGCCGGCUCGGCUCUGUGCGUCAGCUCCUCCUGCGACGUCUCUCUGAUGAUGAUGGGAGGAGAGCCAGACCCAGUGGCCCCUGGGCGAGGGAUCUGCUUGGACCUGGCCAUUCUGGACAGUGCUUUCCUCCUCUCUCAGGUCGUCCCCUCCCUCUUCAUGGGCUCCAUCGUCCAGUUUACACAGUCAGUGACUGCCUACAUGGUGUCAGCUGCUGGCUUUGGCCUGGUGGCCAUUUACUUUGCAACCAAAGUUGUCUUUGAUAAGAGUGACAUGGCCAAGUACUCAGUGUGAUGGGGAAGGCACCAGGGCAGCAGCUGGCACAACGAGAUGUGUGUGGAUGUGGAUGUGUGUG